CAUUUUUGGGCUGGAAUUAGAGCUCAUUUGCUUGCUGCUUGAUUCCAGAUCUGCUGGAUUUCACCAUGGCUCCCAAGGCGUCCCUUUCAUGCCUUCUGGGGCUAUGCGCUCUGCUGCUGGUUCCUCUCGCGCUCGUUGACGGGAAGGAGUAUGUGAUCACGCUCGACUCCUCGAACUUCGACGAGAUAGUCCCGAACGAGGAGUUCAUCGUUGUUGAGUUCUACGCUCCAUGGUGCGGACACUGCAAGAACCUUGCUCCAGAGUACGAGAAGGCGGCCAAGGCGCUGGAGGAGUCGGGCUCGACGGUGAAGCUCGCUAAGGUGGACGCGGACGACGCCAAGAACAAGGGCCUCGCCAAGAAAUACGAAGUCAAGGGCUUUCCCACGCUCAAGAUCUUCCGCAAGGGCUCUGACACUCCCCAGGAUUACAACGGGCCGCGCGACGCGGACGGCAUCGUGAGCUACCUGAAGAAGCAGAGCGGCCCCGCGACGAGCGAGGCCAAGUCCGCCGAGCACAUCAAGGACCUCGCCGCGUCCGAGAGCGUCGUCGUGGUGGGCGUGUUCAAGGACGUGGAGUCAGAGGAGUUCAAGGCUUUCUCGUCGGUGGCGAACCUCUUCCGCUCCGACUACGUCUUCGUGCACACCACCGACUCCUCGCUGCUGCCGGAGACCGGCGGCCCUCUCGCCGCGCCUGCCGUCCGUCUGCUCAAGCAGUUUGACGAGGGCUUCGCCGACAUCGCCACGUUCGAGGUGGAGGCGCUGAAGGCGUUCGUGGAGCAGCACGCCGUGCCGCUGGUGAUCGAGUUCUCGCAGGACCCCAAGGACCGCACCCACCUCACCAAGGUCUUCGAGUCCUCCAAGCCCAAGGCGCUGCUGUUCUACUCGUACAAGGCGGACAACGCGGCGGACUUCCGCGCGGAGUACACGGCGGUGGCGAAGGCGAACUCGGACUCUAUCUACUUCGUCAUCGGCGAGGCGGCCGUGAACGACCACGCGCUCAAGUACUUCGGCCUCACGGCCGCCGACACCCCCGCAAUCAUCAUCCACGACCCCGAGUCCGAUGGCAAGUUCGUCAAGAAGAGCAUCCAGCCCGCCGACAUCGCCCCCUUCGUCGCCAAGUACAAGGCGGGCGAGGCGGAGCGGGUGGUGAAGUCGGAGGCCAUCCCGGCGGACAACAGCGGGCCUGUCAAGGUGCUCGUCGCCAACGCGCUCGACGACAUGGUCUUCAAGUCCGGCAAGAACGUGCUGAUCGAGUUCUACGCGCCGUGGUGCGGGCACUGCAAGAAGCUGGAGCCCAUCUACAAGGAGGUGGGCGAGGAGCUCGCCUCCGACCCCGACGUUAUCGUCGCCAAGAUGGACGCCACUGCGAACGACGUGCCCCAGGCGACGUUCUCAGUGAAGGGGUUCCCGACGAUCUACCUGUACACGUCGGAGGGCAAGGUGGUGUCGUACAGCGGCGACCGCGGCAAGGCGGGUCUCGUGGAGUUCGUGAAGAAGAACAAGACGCCUGUGAAGGGGGCGCCCAGCACGGAGGAGGCUGCGGAGGAGGCGGAGCUGGCUAGCAAGGCGGAGGAGGGAGAGGCGGAGGCGGAGAAGAAGGAUGAGCUGUGAGCAGGGAGAAAGGGCAAGGUUCCAGGCAGGCGGGCAUGCGUGCCUUCUGCUUUAGUGCUUUUGGCUGACUUAGUUGUUUUCAGUCAUGGUAGGCAGUUGCAUGCUGGGAUUGCUGGGUGCUUUCCUGAUGGUUCGGUUCAGUUGCGCAUGCUCUGGAGUUCUACACUGGGAUGCAAGCCAGAGAGUUUAGUUCUAUAUGCUAACUCACACAGGACAUUAGUUUUACUAGAUGUCUAGUAUUGGACAGGUCUGCGACAGCAACGCGUAAGCAUAAGACGUGUCGGACGUGCUUGUUUGGAAAAUGUCAGGGUGUGCACAACUUGGCACUCUUGUGGUUCUAGUACAGCACUCGGUUAUUCCGGGCCAUUACAGUGUACAGCACCGUUUGUUUA